AUGUCUUUCAUUCCUCGGGUCGGUAUCUCCAUUGCAACCAAGGCAUGCCUAAACCCCGGACCAUUAGCCAGACCAUUGAUCAGACGAGCCUUUCUGACUCCAGUACGGACAAUGUCUACUCCAACGGCUGCCUCGGCCAGCCGAGAUCAGCAGAAUAAUCUACGUGUGGCAGCAUCACAUUUUAAGCGUCAACGACAUCUUCCUUACUUCUUGGAAUAUCUCAUGUGGGUCGUAUUUGGCUCAGAGGCACUACAUUUGAUAUGGUUAAAGAUGGAAUACAAAGAGUACAAGGAAAAGGUUGAACACAAGAUCCAGUUGCUUCAAGAAAUCGUUACUCGUAUUGAGCAGGGCCAAGAGUUCACCGAUAGUCUCAGAGAAGAGAUUAAGAUGGUCUUGUUGAAUAAUAAGCAGGCUUCAGCAACCAACGAUGUAGAUAUUGAUGAUGCCUAUUUGGAGAAACUAAUUGCAUCUUCUGAGAAACAAUCAGUGGCAGAAGACGGAGCAGAGUUUAAUGGGCCAGUUGAAGAAAAGAGAAGCACAAGAUGGGUUGAAUCGACCGAAACAAUAGAUGGAAAGAAGAAGCCUGUUUUCUUAUAG